UGCCGGACAACGAGAAUAGAGCAAAAAAAAUAAUUAUGUGCGUAUAAAAAUCGGACAGUCAGAAAUAAAACCCACAAAACAAAAUGAAAUAUUAUAAUUGCUUAACAAAAUCAAUUCUAUAUCGCAACAAUUCCAAACAGUUGCGUUUCCAAUCAACCUUGAACCAUGACUCGAUACCAUCAAAUACCAUAUCGUCCGAUAAUGCAAACCAUGCCAAAGCAUUUGAAGAGAAAUGGAACAAUGCAAAACCCUACGAGGAGAUACCCACUAUAAAGCUUUUAAAAUUCUUAAGAGGUUUCUUGCCUGGCGGAAAAUAUUCCAAAUUGGAUGGUGUUCAAAUGGUUAUGGAUGUCAAAGAUGAAUGUGGAAAUAUAUCUAAAAUUCCCGGUUUAUUUGGUCGCGACGAUGCCGUGAUGAGCCACAAUCCGGAUGAUUUUGAAAUUCUUUUUCGCAAUGAGGGUAUUUGGCCGGUACGCCCAGGUUCAGAUGGUUUGGCAUAUCAUCGUAGUGUUCAUCGGGCAGAUUUUUUUAAAGGCGUCGAGGGUAUUUUGGCCACCAAAGGCGAAAAAUGGGGUUCUUUUAGAUCGAUGGUCAAUCCAGUGUUGCUGCAACCCAAGAACGUUCGAUUGUAUCUCAAUAAAUUAUCCCAAGUCAACAAGGAAUUCGUAACAAGAAUCAAGGACAUUCGCGACCCCCAUACCCUGGAAGUGCCCAAGACAUUCGAAACCGAAAUAAAUCGUUGGGCCUUGGAAUCCAUUUCCAUAGUAGCCUUAAACAAGAAAUUCGGUUUACUAACAAAGAACCAUGAGGAUCCCGAAGUCGCCCAACUUUUUGCAUGGCUUACGGAUUUCUUUACCUAUUCAGUUGAUGUGGAAUUUAAGCCACCCAUAUGGAAAUUUGUAAAAACUCGUUCCUUCAAGCGUCUAAUGGCAGCUCUGGAUGGCAUAACAGAUUUGACCAGCAAAUAUGUUAAUGAGGCCAUUGAAGGCUUAGAAGAAGAACGUAGAAAUGGUGUACCAGAGAAACCAGAAAGUGAGCAAAGUGUAUUGGAGAAAUUGGCUAAAAAGGAUAAGAAGGUUGCCGCAGUUAUGGCCAUGGAUAUGUUGAUGGCCGGAGUGGAUACGACCACCUCAUCCAUUACCGCUUGGCUUUUGUGUUUGGCCCUCAAUCCCGAAAAACAAUCCAUCCUACGAGAAGAGGUUUUAAAAGUUUUACCUCACAAAGAUUCCGAGUUCGAUGAAGCAGCCUUUAAAAAUAUGCCUUACCUAAGGGCCUCUCUGAAAGAAGCCUUGCGUGUUUAUCCCCUAUUUAUUGGCACAGCACGCCUGAUAGCCAAUGAUGUAGUGCUAAGUGGUUAUCGCAUACCAAAAGGCACCCAGGUUUCCAUUGUCUACGAAUCCUUAUUCAGUGAUGAUGCCCAUUAUCGCAGGGCUAAGGAAUACCUACCAGAACGUUGGUUGCGUUCUACUGAGGCCGUUACCGAAGCUGGAGAAUGUCCUCAAGAUUUGAGAUCGAGCAAUCCCUUCAUUUAUUUCCCAUUUGGCUUUGGUGCUCGCAGUUGUGUGGGACGGCGUAUAGCCGAAUUGGAAAUGGAAGUGGCCGUAGCCCGUUUGAUACGCAAUUUCUAUAUUGAAUUCAAUCAUCCAACUGAUAAACCCUUUAAAAGUCUUUUCCUUAGAGUACCAAAUAUUCCUUUGACCUUUAAAUUCAUUGAUGUUGAAAAGUGAGAAGAAAUAAAUUAUUAAAUA